CUCAUCAUACUAAGAUUAUAUCUUUGAUUUAUUUAAUAUCAUGAUGGUAAAAUUAGUCAUUAAAUCUUGAUUUGACCUCCAAAUAGACAAUUUAAUUCAGAUAGGAUCGUCAAAACCGAGGGAAAAAAAAAGUUACAGAAUUGCUUUCAGCUAGCUAUAUAUAUUAUGUAUGAAACUAAGUUCCUGGUGUCAAGUCGUUAAGGUUUCAUUUAUAAGAAAUGACACUUGAAGCUCUUUCUUCUAAUGAGUUCUUGAACUUCAUCAUCUAUGAUACUAUCUCUGCAACCCCAUAUAGCAACCAUGAUUCUUUAGAAACCGCAGCCGGUUUCUCAUUGGGAAAUGACAAAACAACGCCUCAAGUUCUUCAAGACCAAGUUCUUAAUAUUGGUGCUUUGAAUGCCUCUUCGUUUUCACCAAUGACUAGACAACGUCGCGCUGGGGGAGUCGAAGCAUUGGACAAGAAGCAGCACCUGGCAGUGCAAGGGAGGAAAAAGAGAAGAAGAAAGCCGAGAGUUUGCAAAAACAAAGAGGAAGCUGAGACACAAAGAAUGACACACAUUGCUGUUGAGAGAAACCGCCGUAAACAAAUGAAUGAGCAUCUUGCUGUGCUGCGUUCACUCAUGCCUGAAUCUUACGUGCAAAGGGGUGACCAGGCUUCCAUUGUAGGAGGAGCUAUAGAGUUUUUAAAGGAACUAGAGCAUCUUCUGCAGUCACUUGAGACUCAAAAGCUCCAAUUACUACAAAAUAGAGAAAAUGCAGCAGCUGCUAAUAACAAAGACAGCAGCUUCUCUGUCUCUGAAAUGGUGCCACCACCUUUUGCACAAUUUUUUGUGUACCCUCAAUACACAUGGUCUCAGAUCCCUAACAAGUUUACAUCCAAGACAAAAGCAGCCAUAGCUGAUAUCGAGGUCACCUUGAUUGAAACUCAUGCAAAUCUUAGAAUCCUUUCUAGGACAAACCCUAGACACCUCUCUAAACUAGUUGCUGGUUUUCACUCGCUUCAGCUCUCCAUUCUUCACCUUAAUGUCACCACCAUGGACCCAUUGGCCCUCUACUCUAUCAGUGCUAAGGUUGAAGAAGGAUGCCAACUGACUUCAGUAGGUGACAUAGCAGCAGCUGUUCACCACAUGCUUAGGAUGAUUGAAGAAGCUCAAAAUGUUGAUGGAUUAUCAAUAAUUAAUUAGUUACCCAUAACCAGUACUCUUGGGCUUGUAGUCAUGGUGUUUCUUUUUUUCUUUUCAGAAAAAAGUUGCCCUUGUUUUUUAGUGUAUGGCUUAUAUUAAUGCUUGUCUUUUAUCUCCCCUUCAGAAUAA